UCUUAACACACAGUAUACGCAAAUUAAUCAAAGUGACUUUAAUAAAUGGAAUCACGCUGGCGGCAGUACACAAGAUAGUUCAAUUUAUCAAAUUCAUGAGACUUCAUCAAUGAGUGACGAGUUUAUGCAACUCAACAGUAGCAGCAGCAGCAGCAGUGGCAGUAGCAGCAUAAAUUUCACCGAUGACACACUCGACACAAAUAACACAAUUUUAAAUUAUGCCGAAAACAUUGGCGAUAUUCUCGUGUUCUACUACACGCCGGUGAUUGUCUUUGUGGGAAUUAUCGGCAACAUUCUCUCGGUGCUGGUGUUCUUCCGGACCAAGCUCCGUAAAUUAUCAUCAAGUUAUUAUUUGGCUGCCCUCGGCAUGAGCGACUCGUGUUUUCUCGUGCUGGCGUUCAUAUCGUGGCUAAAUUUUGCCGAAAUCCACAUCAUACAUCACAAUGUAACGUGUCAAUUGUUCUUCUAUUUGCAAGGCGUUUGUAGCUUUUUGUCGGUGUGGUAUGUCGUGGCGUUCACUGUCGAGCGAUUUAUCGCCGUUUUGUAUCCGCUAAAGCGGCAGAGCAUGUGCACCGUGCGUCGUGCCGUGAUUGUGUUGUGUGGCCUGACGGUGCUGGCGCUCUUUUUCUGUGCACCGUUGCUGUUUUUCGUGCAACCCGUUUAUCAUGCCGAAAGUAACAUGACAUUGUGUGACAUUGGCGAAGAUUACAGGCAUCCGAUGAAAGUUUUCAACUACAUUGACACGGUGCUGGUUUUCGUGAUACCCUUCACGGGCAUCGUUGUGCUGAACUCCAUCACGGGAUACACGGUGUGGAAAGUUGCCGGUGUACGACGAAGUAUGACGUUGCAUCGCAACAGGAAAUCCAAUUUAAAAGAUUCAUCCGGAGGAGCCGCAAAAACAACUGUCAUCCAGCAACGAUGUAUCCAUCCAAAUGGACAAAAUAGCAUCCGAAUGACAACAAAGAGGAAAAGCGUUACAACAACAACGAGCACAUCAUCUGCGGCGAAGAAUGGUCGAAGUCAUCGUUCGAACAGCGCUACGUCGUCCCAAAUGAAAGUCACAAAGAUGCUGUUGCUCGUCUCAUCGGUAUUUGUUCUACUCAACCUGCCAAGCUACUUGGUGCGAGUGAUGGCGUACAUUGAAACCGAACCAUCGGAGACACAAUCAGCGUCCAAAAUCACCAUAAUUCUACAAUACUAUUGUUGGUUGUUUUUCAUCACAAAUUUCGGAAUUAAUUUUGUGCUGUAUUGCAUGAGCGGACAAAAUUUCAGAAAAGCUGUGAUAAGUAUGUUUAGCAAACGGAUACAAAAGCGUCAGCAACAGGCAGAUUGCGAUCGAACACAAGUGACAGUAGUAACUGAAUACAAUCCAGUCGUAAGACCUAGUCGUACGUUUUCCACGUAUCGGAACAACAAUAGGACCGCCUCCGUCAGAAAUGCUUCGAUUACAACGACAGCUGCAACAGUAAAUGCUGCCGAUGGCAUUUCCAUUAAUCGUCAUCUAAAUGUUUUAACUAACAAUAAUUUCACGGAAUUUAAUAGUCUCGCAUGUAACAGCGACGAGAGUGCCCUGUGCUCACCGUGGAUCGAAAUGUCUGAAGUGCCGUAA